ACCACGAGCGUGGAGUAACUGGCAAAACACAAGAAGAUUCUGGGCGUCAGAGAGAGUCCACAGUAACGGGGACGGGGCUUCCCUGGGGGUCCAGUAGUGAAGACUCCGCGCUUCCACUGCAGGGGGCUCGUGUUCAACCCCUAGUGAGGGAGCUAAGAUCCCAUAUGCAGCGCGGCGUGGCCAAAAAAUUAAGAUAAAAUUUAAAAAAAAAAAAAAAAGUUAGCAGGACAUUAAAUGUGAGCUGGUCCAACAACCCAUCCAAUGUUCAGAUUCCCUCUGCCGCUUCCAGACCCUAUCCAUUGACUUCCUCUCUCUACUUGAAUACCCUGGUGUGAAGAAAGUUCCUCUCUCCCAAGGCACCCCAAUCUUUCUCCAGCUAGAUUCCACCGUUGGUAGGUACUUCCUUACAUGAAGCAUAAACCCUGUCAGUCCUUUUCACGGAUCAAGUAAAGUCCUUCUGCCUCAGAGCAUUCUUUCAAUAUGUUAUCAUGGCUGUUGUUUGCCCAUUUCUCAGUCUUCUCUCCUCCAGGCAAAAUCUCCCCAGGACUCCCCACCUUUGCUCCAGGACAAGACUCCGGCUCAUUGCCCAUCUCGGGUCCUCAGGAAGUGAAGUGGAGGCCUGGAGCCAACGACGUUGGCCGGGCAGUGGUCAGGGUACCGACAAGGAUGUCUGGUCCCACUGCCCGGCUCCGCGCCCCCCUAACCUCCACUCCUCAAUGCAGGGAAAUAGCCAACAACCACCGGGAGCUCCGUCGCCUGGGCAUCAGCCACGUCCUCAACGCCUCUCACAGCAGGUGGCGAGGGACACCCGAGGCCUACGAGGGGCUGGGCAUCCGCUACCUGGGGGUCGAGGCCCACGACUCUCCAGCCUUCGAUAUGAGCGUCCACUUCCAGGCAGCCGCUGACUUCAUCCACCGGGCACUGAGCCAGCCGGGAGGGAGGAUCCUGGUGCACUGUGCCGUGGGGGUGAGCCGCUCGGCCACCCUGGUGCUGGCCUACCUCAUGCUGUACCACCGCCUCACCCUCGUGGAGGCCAUCAGAAAAGUCAAGGACCACCGAGGCAUCAUCCCCAACAGGGGCUUCUUGAGGCAGCUCCUGGCCCUGGACCGCAGGCUGCGGCAGCGUCUGGAGGCGUGAGGGGGCCGAGGGAGGGAGGGAGGUCAGGCCAGGCCUGUGGGUCCCUGGAUCCCAGCUGGAGAGCGGAGGCCCAGGGGGCAGGUUGGAGGCGGCCCAGCGAACCCAUUCUCUCCUGAGAGGGCUGGGACGUGGCCCCAGGCCACAGCUGCUAUCUAUCUGUCGAGGGGGAUGGGGUGAGGUUGGGCAGUGUGACAGUCACCCAGGAGGGAGCUGGCCAGGGAAGGAGGCAGGUAGGCUGCAGGUAGAAGACAGUCCUGGAUCCCAGCCAGGGUGGUCCCGGCGAUUCACAGCCCCUCUUUGUGCUCAAGUGCUCCCCUUCCCCGCGUAUCAGAACAAAAGGACCAGCCCUGCCCUGUACCUCUGCCAGGAAUCAGGGAUGCGGCAAACACAAACGUGAUGGUGUCGAGUCAUGUGGAGGUGGUAGCUCAGGGACAGACGGUGAAGAGAGGGUGUGAAAAGCUAAGGGAGAAACCCACAGACUUGUUACUCCAAACCCCGGGAAGAAGAGGCGUGGGAGGCUUGGCACGGCACCCAUGGGUGCUGGUCGUGGCCCAGAACUGCAGAGGUGCAUGACUCGGGGCCUGCAGAUAAUCCCUCACUUACUGGAUCCAAGUGUCUCCAGGAAAAAUAAAAAUGGUGAAUACGAA